AUGGAUCCGGCGAAGAAACCUUUGGUUUCCAACACGGGUGCGUGGGCGAUGAAUAUUGUAAGCUCCGUUGGCAUCAUCAUGGCCAAUAAACAGCUCAUGUCAUCCGGCGGCUACGGAUUCUGCUUCGGUAUUAUCUCGCUCCGUUUCUCCCUGAAUCAUCUAGUAAUCUCAAUGGCGGAUGAUAGUUUGCGAAACGAAAAGCUUGGACCCCAUGGGACCGAAGUAACUGUGAACCUUUAUGAUCUUCUGUUCUCUGAAAGUUCACCGAUCCCCCGCGUCGAGAGAUAUUUGUUUCUAUUUUCUGUUCCUGUAAAGAUCGUCUAAUUGUCUUGAAAACAUAUUAUAUCUACUGCCGGAUCGCACGGAGUUAACCCGAUCUAGAACUGCAGUUUUCUUGUUGAAUUGCAUAUGUUGGAUCAGUUCUAUUCGAAUUCAUUUCUGGUCUAAAUAUGAAGGUAUGGCACAUAUUUAUGGUGCAUUCCAUUAUUGAUGCUUCUUAACUUUGUACUCUAUCUACAGCUACAACGCUGACUGGGUUCCAUUUUGCCAUAACGGGCCUUGUUGGAAUGAUCUCAAACAAGACUGGCUACUCAACAUCAAAGCAAGUGCCCUUUUGGGAGCUGCUGUGGUUUUCUGCUGUUGCAAAUUUGUCAAUAACUGGGAUGAAUUUUAGUCUAAUGCUGAACACCGUUGGCUUGUAUCAGGUUUGUUUCUUGCACUGGGUGGCAUGAUUGUCCUGUGAGAGCGGUGAUCAUUCUCUAACGUUUUCGAAUUUUUUGUGGCGGAAUUUUGCAGAUUUCGAAAUUGAGCAUAAUACCAGUUGUUUGUCUGAUGGAAUGGAUGCUUCAUGGCAAAACCUUUUCAUCCAGGGUGAUCACUUCUGUGCUUACUGUGGCCUUUGGUGUUGGUGUGUGUACGGUGACUGAUGUGGAUAUCAAUGGCAAGGGCUUCCUCUGUGCUUGUGUGGCUGUCGUAUGCACGUCUCUCCAGCAGAUUGUGAGUAGUACCGUUUAUCUAAACUUUCUCAGCAGAUUGUGCAAUUGUGUAUUCAUUUCAUGGCAUUGAGGGAUUGGUGCAAACUUUGUGGAUUUGAUUUUAAGCCGAAACAAAGUGGAACUGAAAGUUCAUUAUUCAUCUUUUAACGCCGAACAUAUCAUAAAGAUAGAUUUUGACGCCUCUAGCUUUCUUUUAAAUUUUAUCUGUGUUCAAAGCAUUGAAAAUUCGAUCAAGACUAAUGUAUGAUUUUCUGGUUCUCUCCAUCUAUAUCAUACUUCUAUCUUCUGCCGAACAUAAGCAUUUAUUAUGCCUUGAUGCGUCCGAUUGAGAAUGAAAAGUAGAGAAAUUUUCUCCUAGAUCUGAAGGUUUUUUUCUCUCUUCCUUGUAUCGUCCUUUUUCUGGCACAUCUUUAUGAUGAACGUGUAAUAUGCCCGCCUAUCACUCCCUGAUCACCUCUUAAAAUCAAUCUAUUGGACAUGAUUUUAUGCGUUAGAUUUACAAUAUUACGCUAAAAAAGCAUGGUUCAAUGGUGAAUAAAAUCCCUUUUUCUUUUCUAUAUUGCUCUAGAUUGUCAACAUAACAUUUCCAAAAUGGUGAUUAAAAAACUUGUUGAAUCCUUUGUGUUUCUACUCCUUGGUGCUUUGUCACGAUCUUAUGCUUCGUUUCUUUUGCUGCCUCUGACCCUAUCAAGAUAAUUGUACAUGACUUCUGUUUCUCGCUAUCAAGAUAAUUGCCAAGAUAAUUGGACAUGAUUUCUGACUCCCCCCGUUGUUACAGACAAUUGGGUCACUACAGAAGAAGUACAACAUCGGCUCAUUUGACCUCCUUAGCAAGACUGCGCCGAUUCAGGCUGCCUCUCUUCUCAUUGUUGGUCCAUUUGCUGACUACUACAUGAAUAAGCGCUCUCUCCUGGACUAUCAGUUCACAUGUGGUGCAAUCGUGAGUCAAUUUCACCCUUGAAUAUGCUCUGUGGUCUAGCCGUGGAUCUUUUCUUCAUUUCUGUCAUUUUAUUCUGAUACAGAUUGGGCAACCUUUUUAAAACAAAUCUCGAACCUAAGAUGGGCACAAUUUAAUUUAGCGCUGCUAGGCGCGCUGAAUGUCUCGGUUUCCUUUUCUUCAUGCCAUCUUUCUAAGCUACUCUGACCCUCUUAUUUUUCUAUAUAACUGCGCAGUUCUUCAUCCUUCUCUCAUGCUCGCUGGCGGUCUUCUGCAACAUGAGCCAAUACCUGUGCAUCGGGCGCUUCUCUGCCGUGUCCUUCCAGGUUCUGGGUCACAUGAAGACUGUGUGCGUGCUGGUGCUGGGGUGGGUGCUAUUCGACUCCGUCCUCACCACUAAGAACAUAAUCGGAAUGGCCUUGGCUGUGGUCGGCAUGAUAACCUACAGUUGGGCUGUGGAGGCGGACAAGCUGAAGCCGACCAAGGCCGCCCCUCUCCUCCCUCUCAAAGCUGAUAUCCAGGCCGAAGAGGAGACCAUGAGGCUCUUGAAAGGCCUGCUGAAAGGCGCCGAGCCGGGCCAGACGAAGAGCUGA